AUGGCUCCCGUCGUCUCCCACGUCGAUAUCCCCGACCUCAAAUUCUCCUCACUCGAACUUGAUGCACGCUCAGUCGACCCUAAUGAAAUGCCGACAACUUCCUUUUCCAAACGCAGCAUCUUCCCCGAACGGAUCUACAAUCCUCUCCUCCCCCGAAGCGAUGACCCUUCCUCCAUCCUCUCUCCAAUGGAUACCUACAACGUCCUCGCCGCAAGAAACGCCCAAAACACAAAGGAUCCGAAUCCGGGCGCUGGGUCAAUCAAUCCCAACGACAUCAACAUGAAAGGUAUCCAGGCACUCUUUGCUAUCAUCGGCGCUUCAUUUGUACUCGGUGCCAUUUGGUUUUUCUUUUGGGCAAAGAACGGUGGCUUCAAAUGGCAGAAGGGUGACUGGGAAGAGUACAAAUCUACCGUCCUGAGACGGAAGGGUCCCAACGGAACAACUCUCAGCAACGCAACCAAGAGCACGAGGCUGGGUGGUGGUAGCGUUGUGGGAGAUGGAUACUCGGAUAAGGACACGGCCACCAUACCAGAUACCAUGUCCGAGGCCAUGACCGAGACCAGGACAGAGCUGUCUUCUGAAGCACCCAUCAUCAAGGAAAAGCAGUCAAAGAAGAGAAAAGAGACGGCCAAAGAGAGAAAGAUCCGAGAAGCCAACGAAGCUCGCUGGGAAGGUGGCCAUGACUACGAUGUCCGCGCGUAUCGACAUGAAAGACCUGCGCGUGUGGGAGGUCUCAACAAAGACUCGGACGCCCAGUUUUACGGCACCGAUUACACCGAGACAGAACGCGGCGGCAGCGACAUUGUCAGCAACGGCAACCGACAGGCCCCGUCUUCUCGUCAACAUAGUCCCGAGAAACGUCAAACACGCCGCGACUUCUCGUACGGACAAGAAAGCUUCAGCGUCUCGACCCCACCACCAGCUGCUGCACCUUCACCCGGCCCCCGUCCGCCAAGGUACCAUUCACCGAACAAGAAUGCCAGCCCUCAACGUCCGAUCCGCACUGUGCCUGGCUCAUUCCACGCAAACCAGGAUAUUGAGAACCAGACUGUCCAAAGUCAAUACACCAAGACUUAUCACCACCCACUUCCCAGCUUGAGCGGUCAAGGACCUCCAAGAACUGGUGGCUACAGAAGAGACAGACGAAACAGUCUAGAUGACUAA